GCUGUGUUUCGUUGUCUGAAUGGACAUUACUUUUACACAUUAGUGCUGUAUAGAGAUUUAAUGUGGCUGUUUCCUGGUUUGUUGUGUUUCCUUUAGGGUUUGGUGGACGUGGAGUUCUUCCUGGUGUGCCAAUGGGAACUGACCUGAAUCAAAAAUCAGUUGCAGGUGGAGGACAGGGAGGAGGUCAAGGUCCAGGAAGCCGUGGGUAUGGUGGACAGAUGCAACCAGGGGUGUUUCAUGGAUACCCUCUCAAAUCACCCAAAGUGCAAGGUGGCUAUGGAGCAAAACCUGGAGGAGGAAAACUUCCCUUUGGUUAUGGAGGCUUCGGUAAUGGUGGAGCUGGACUGCCAGGAGGAACAGCUGGUUCCAAUCCUGGAUAUCCGGUUGGAACUGGAGUUGGACCAGGGGGAAUCUCACCUGCUCAGGCCAAAGCUGCCAAAUAUGGUUUGGGUGGUGGUGGAGGAGGUGUUGGCCCUGGAGGUAUUGGCCCUGGAGGAGUUGGGGCUGGUGGUGUUGGCGGUACUGGUGGAUUCUAUCCAGGGCUAGUGCCAGGAGGAGUGGGACCAGGGGGCAUCUCACCUGCUCAGGCCAAAGCUGCCAAAUAUGGUUUGGGUGGUGGUGGUGGAGGUGUUGGCCCUGGAGGUAUUGGCCCUGGAGGAGUUGGGGCUGGUGGUGUUGGCGGUACUGGUGGAUUCUAUCCAGGGCUGGUGCCAGGAGGAGUAGGACCAGGGGGCAUCUCACCUGCUCAGGCCAAAGCUGCCAAAUAUGGUUUGGGUGGUGGUGGUGGAGGAGGUGUUGGCACUGGAGGUGUUGGACCUGGAGGUGUUGGGGCUGGUGGUGUUGGUGGUACUGGUGGAUUCUAUCCAGGGCUGGUGCCAGGAGGAGUAGGACCAGGGGGCAUCUCACCUGCUCAGGCCAAAGCUGCCAAAUAUGGUUUGGGUGGUGGUGGAGGAGGUGUUGGCACACGAGGUGUUGGACCUGGAGGUGUUGGGGCUGGAGGUGUUGGGGCUGGUGGUGUUGGCGGUACUGGUGGAUUCUAUCCAGGGCUGGUGCCAGGAGGAGUAGGACCAGGGGGCAUCUCACCUGCUCAGGCCAAAGCUGCCAAAUAUGGUUUGGGUGGUGGUGGAGGAGGUGUUGGCACACGAGGUGUUGGACCUGGAGGUGUUGGGGCUGGAGGUGUUGGGGCUGGUGGUGUUGGCGGUACUGGUGGAUUCUAUCCAGGGCUGGUGCCAGGAGGAGCUGGACCAGGGGGAAUCUCACCUGCUCAGGCCAAAGCUGCCAAAUAUGGUUUGGGUGGUGGUGGAGGAGGUGUUGGGACUGGAGGUGUUGGCCCUGGAGGUGUUGGGGCUGGAGGAGUUAGGCCUGGUGGUGUUGGUGGUACUGGUGGAUUCUAUCCAGGGCUGGUGCCAGGAGGAGUGGGACCAGGGGGCAUCUCACCUGCUCAGGCCAAAGCUGCCAAAUAUGGUUUGGGUGGUGGUGGAGGAGGUGUUGGCCCUGGAGGUGUUGGCACUGGAGGAGUUGGUUCUGGUGGUGUUGGUGGUACUGGUGGAUUCUAUCCAGGGCUGGUGCCAGGAGGAGUGGGACCAGGGGGCAUCUCACCUGCUCAGGCCAAAGCUGCCAAAUAUGGUUUGGGUGGUGGUGGAGGAGGUGUUGGCCCUGGAGGUGUUGGCACUGGAGGAGUUGGGCCUGGUGGUGUUGGUGGUACUGGUGGAUUCUAUCCAGGGCUGGUGCCAGGAGGAGUGGGACCAGGGGGCAUCUCACCUGCUCAGGCCAAAGCUGCCAAAUAUGGUUUGGGUGGUGGUGGAGGAGGUGUUGGCCCUGGAGGUGUUGGCACUGGAGGAGUUGGGCCUGGUGGUGUUGGUGGUACUGGUGGAUUCUAUCCAGGGCUGGUGCCAGGAGGAGUGGGACCAGGGGGCAUCUCACCUGCUCAGGCCAAAGCUGCCAAAUAUGGUUUGGGUGGUGGUGGAGGAGGUGUUGGCACUGGAGGUGUUGGCCCUGGAGGUGUUGGGGCUGGAGGAGUUGGGCCUGGUGGUGUUGGUGGUACUGGUGGAUUCUAUCCAGGGCUGGUGCCAGGAGCAGGAUAUGGGUCAGCCUUGGCCGCAGCCAAGGCUGCUAAAUAUGGAACAGGAGGACAAUUAAGAACAGGAGGACAAUUUGGAACGGGAGGACAAUUUGGAACGGGAGGACAAUUUGGAACGGGAGGACAAUUCGGAACGGGAGGACAACUCGGAACGGGAGGACAAUUAGGAACAGGGGGAUACUCUCCUGCUGCCAAAGCUGCUAAAUAUGGAGCACUGGGAGGAGCCGGACGACUGGGAGGUGGAGGAGGACUGGGUGGAGCAGGAGGACCUAGAGGUGGAGGAGGACUGGGUGGAGCAGGAGGACUGGGAGGUGGAGGAUACCCUGCUGCAGCAGCUGCUGCUGCUAAAGCUGCUAAAUAUGGGGCACUGGGAGGCACAGGAGGACUGGGAGGCGCAGGAGGAGUGGGAGGAGCAGGAGGACUGGGAGGAGCAGGAGGACUGGGAGGUGGAGGAUACCCUGCUGCAGCAGCUGCUGCUGCUAAAGCUGCUAAAUAUGGGGCACUGGGAGGCGCAGGUGGACUGGGUGGAACAGGACAAGGAGGCCCGGGAGGACUUGGAGGUGCAGGGGGUGCAGGAGGAUACUCUGCUGCUGCCAAAGCUGCUAAAUACGGAGCACUGGGAGGAGCAGGAGGACUGGGAGGAACAGGACUAGGAGCAGGAGGACUGGGAGGUGGAGGAUACCCUGCUGCUGCAGCUGCAGCUGCUGCUGCUGCUAAAGCUGCUAAAUAUGGUGCAGGUGGUGUUGCUGGAGGUGCAGGAGGAGUUCCUGGAUUCCCACUUUUACCAGGAUAUGGAUCUAUAGCAGCUGGUGCCCAACCUCCACAAUAUGGAGUGGCAGGAGGAGGACAAGCAGGAGGUAGACUUCCAGGAGGAGCAGGACAGAUACUACCUGGUUUUGGCGGUUACGGUGGUUAUGGUGCUGGUGCUGGAGUCAAACCCCCGAAAUACGGAGGAGCAGGAGGAGCAGGGGCAGGGUUAGGAGCAGGAGCAGGGUUAGGAGCUGGAGUAAUACCCGGGACAGGUGGCCAAUACUCUGCUGCUGCAAAAGCAGCUAAAUACGGAGGCAUCACUGGAGUAGGACUUGGUGUGCCAGACGCUACUCCAGAUACAACCAUCAGAGGUGUUCCAGAUGGUUCUGCUGUUGUGUCACCUGGUGGGACGGGUGUUACUCUAAAACCAGAAAAGGAUGUAUUUCCUGGUGGAACUGCUGGACCAGAGCUCACGGCUAUUAAUGCAACUGGCAAGGCCCCAGAGGUCCAGCAGCCCAGUAAGACUUGCUCUUUGCAUGAAACCUUUGAUAUUUUGAAAGAUAUCAACUAACAGUGUUAUGUAUUUGCUUUUCUGACGAGACAGUCUACUCAGUAUUUGGGAAGGUGAUUAUUUUCUGGUCCUGAAGAGACACUUAAAGAAUUGUUCCAAAUCUAACUAUAAAAGGUAAAGCCCCACCACCAGCUCUGAAAGCUGCCACUGUUAAUCAUUAAUUCCCAGUUUGUCUAAAUCUAUAUCAUGGGAAUAGUCUGAAAAUCUUCAUGGACAGAAGUUGCAGCGUGGGAUUGAUUUGAAUAAGAAUUGUCAUCUUCUCAAAUACUGUUUGGAAAAACUAUUUUAUAGCCUCCAUUAACUAUUGUACUCCUUUUUCUCCUUCCCUAAGGGACUGUAAAGACAGACACUACUCAACUACAUCUUUCAGCAUUACAUGAUCUAAUAAGUGAAUGAGGUUUUAUUGCUCUUUUCCAGACAAAACAAUUUUAACACAUGACAGCUGAGCAUCAGUCUCGAUGUUUAAACAGUUCUUCACAAAUUGCUGAAAGAGGAGUUGAUUGAGUGUGUUAGUUCUCUUCCUCUCAGCAGGAUGUGUCUUGUGCACUCUUUUUUCCUUUUCGCUAACAGCUCACUGUUCUUUACUUCCCAUCACAUGAUAGCUGUAUUGUUUGGAUAUUGGUAAAUCCAUUUCACUGAGACUUUUAGAAGAAGUCUUACCACAUUUGAACGCUCUAAAGUGUUGUUUAAAUGUCUCUUUUAACAAUUAAGUUU